CACACACACACACACAUAUGCACCGGACACUCCCUUACCGGACCACGAUCUGGACCAUGAGCCGGCCACACGCAGGACACACGGACACAGCCGACGUUGGUUUCGGCGCCUCGCUUUUCCCGCCAGGAGCCACGCGAUGACGCGCUUCCGUGACGUAGCCGGUAGUUCCCGUUCACUUCCGGGUCAGAGGUCCCCACGUGCUGUUGAUGCUCCAGAAGGCGGCGUGAGCGUCUGGUGUCGGCUCGGAACAAGCGAUGGCGGAGUUCAAGGUUCACCGAGUCCGCUUCUUCGACCACAUGCCCAGCGGGAUCCGGGCCCUGGCCCACAACCGCCGGACCCAGCGGCUGGCUCUGGUGCGCGCGGACGGCGCCGUGGAGCUCUUCAACUUCUCGGACAACUACUUCCAGGAGAAGGUGGUCCCGGGUCAGGACGGCAGCGGGGUGGAGGGCGUGUGCUGGGUCGGCGCGCGCCUCUUCAGCGCCGGACUGAACGGCGAAAUCACCGAGUACGACCUGGAGAACCUGCGGCCCCGCUACAGCCUGGAGGCCUACGGGGGCCCCAUCUGGACCCUGGGCUGCAACCCGCAGGAGACUCUGCUGGCGGUGGGCUGUGAGGACGGGUCGGUGAAGCUCUUCGAGGUUCUCCAGGACAGAAUCCAGUUCCAGAGGAACCUGGACCGGCAGAAAGGUCGGAUCGUCUCGCUGUCCUGGCACCCGUCCGGGAGCCUCCUGGCCGCCGGGAUGGUGGACGUGAUCCGAGUCUUUGACGUGGAGACGGGUCACUCCACCCAGCGGCUGCUGGUGGAGCGCGGCGCCGGAGCCGCCCGCAGCCGCGAGGUGGUGGUCUGGAGCCUGCUGUUCCUGGCCGACGGCACCGUCGUCAGCGGCGACUCCGCCGGGAAGGUCCAGAUGUGGGACAGCGCUACGGGCACGCUGGUCCGCUCCCACCUGCUCAGCAAGUGGGACGUCCUGGUCCUGGCUCUGUGCGAGGACGGAAGCAGCCUGGUGGCCGGGACGUCGGAGGGAACCGUGGUCCAGUUCCAGCUCCUGCCCUGCACCGUGGACGGCCAGGAGAAGGAGUGGGUCCGGACCAGGACCUUCAAGAACCACAGCCACGACGUGAGGGCGCUGGUGCACACCAGCACGGCCGUGGUGUCGGGAGGCAUGGACACGCAGCUGGUGGUGCGCCCCCUGCUGGACAGGGUGGAGAAGAACACGCAGGAGUCGGCGCUGCGCAGGAUCGCGUUCCCUCACCGGAGCCUGGUGUCCUGCGCCACCAAGGCCGGGCUGCUGCUCUUCCAGUUCCCCGGGCACCUGGAGCUGUGGCGGCUGGGCGAGGGCGACGCACACGGCAGGGCCGGCGGGUGUGUGGCGGUGAAGAGGAAACCAGAGAAGCUGCUGCUGCUGAGGAAGAAGGGACGCCAGCACAUCUCCUGCAGCGCCGUGUCUCCCUGCGGCUCCUGGCUGGUCUACUCCACCGUGUCGUCCGUGCGUCUCUACCGCCUGCGCCUGGGCCCCGGCGCCAUCAGCCUGGAGAAGGUGUCCAGGCUGCCCAGGGAGCUGGGCUGGGCCGCCCGCUUCUGCUUCUCCGCCGACUCCUCCACGCUCUUUGCCGCGUCCAGCCGCUCGUCCGUCCUCGUGCUGUCGCUCGCCGAGUCCUCCUGCCGCCACCUGUGCACGCUGCGACCCCUGUCAGGCUCCCGCCAGCCGCUCCACCUGCUGGUCACCAGCCAGGACGGCCGGUGGCUCGCCGCCGCCAACACCGACGGCGAGGUGCACGUCUACAAUCUGCAGAAGCUGAAGCUCCACUGCACGCUCCCGGUCUACAGCUCCUGUCCCACAGCCCUGGGCCUCCACCCGAGCUCCGGCCACCUGGUGACGGUCCACGCUGACCAGCAGGUGUUUGAGUUCUCCCUGCUGCAGAAGGAGUACACGGCGUGGAGCCGGCAGCUGCAGGGACACGGGCUCCACCCCCUCUGGCUGCAGAGGGACACGCCGGUCACACACGUGACCUUCAACCCUCAGAAUCCCGCACACAUCCUGCUGCACGACACCUUCAUGUUCUGCGUCUUAGACAAGAGUCAGCCGCUGCCCGACGCCUCCAGCCAGCUCUUCAACCAGAGCGCCCUCCAGAGGCUGCCGGAGGCCGAGCGCCGGCGCCAGAGCCACGCCUUCAAGAUCUGCAAGAGCUUCCAGCACCUCAUGUGUGUCCGGCUGCUGGAGGACCAGUCUCUGGUGGUGGUGGAGCGCCCCCUGCUGGACAUCUCUGCUCAACUGCCGGCUCCCGUGCGACAGAAGAAGUUUGCCACAUGAGAAGCUCCUCCACAUGUUUUCAUCGAAUAAAGUGUGUGUUGUCACGUGAGCAGCCGGGUGUGUGUGUGAGUGAUCUGGGUCAUGACCCGUGACCCCUGACCCCGAGGGCAGCGGAACUCAGGAGGCCAGAACAAGGGGUUGAGGAGGCAACACACAACUUUAUUUGCUGCGGGACCAAAGCAGAGCUGUCCACUGCAGACACGGUCGGCCUCUAAAACGGGCCGGAGCUGUCUCAGACUUGUGAAGU